GCUUUUCUUUUUUGAAAAAUGUUUUGUUCAUACCAAACUCGAGUGUUCUUAAGGGGGAAAUCCAGAAAAUAUAAAAUAUUAGUUGUGGAAAAGAUAAUUCCAAAAUUGCUGUUCUCCGAGUGUUCCAAUCAUGUAGCCUAUGAGACCCGAACCACAUCUGAAUAAAUUUGAUCUGUUGGAAGGAUUUUGGGGCUUUUAAUCUAUUCGUUUUCCCUUUUCGAAGUUGCUGCAAGUUUAUGAUUGGAUUUUGCUGAUGGGAGCUUGCUGGAGUGAUCGUUUCAAGUCUGUGAAUCCUCAUACAGGUCUUACAAGUCUUACAAGUUUCAGGUCUAAGAGAGGAGAUGGGGAACAUUCUCAUAUUUCCAGCAGCAAGGUAUCCUCAGCCUCCAUUCCGGUGACUCCCCGGAGUCAGGAGGAAAUUCUGCAUUGCUCUAAUUUGAAACACUUUAGCUUUAAUGAAUUGAGAAUGGCAACGAGAAACUUUCGCCCCGACAGUGUUGUUGGGGAGGGUGGAUUUGGUUCAGUCUUCAAAGGUUGGAUUGAUGAGCAUUCCCUAACUCCCACCAAGGCUGGCACUGGCUUGGUAAUUGCUGUGAAGAGGCUCAACAGAGAAGGGCUUCAGGGUCACAAGGAGUGGUUGGCGGAGAUCAACUACUUGGGGCAGCUUUCCCAUCCUAAUCUUGUGAAGCUGAUUGGUUACUGCUUUGAAGAUGACCACAGGCUGCUGAUAUAUGAGUUUAUGCAAAAGGGCAGUGCAGAAAAUCAUCUUUUCAGAAGAAGCUCUCACUUUCGACCACUUUCGUGGAACGUUCGGAUGAAAAUUGCUCUUGAUGCUGCCAGAGGACUUGCAUUUCUUCACAACAACGACAUGAACGUCAUAUAUCGCGACUUCAAGACAUCUAAUAUCCUUCUUGAUGCAAACUACGAUGCAAAACUUUCUGAUUUUGGAUUAGCUAGAGAUGGGCCAGUUGGUGAUAGAAGCCAUGUCUCUACCGUAGUUAUGGGAACUCAUGGAUAUGCAGCUCCUGAAUACUUAGCCACAGGUCAUCUCACGGCGAGGAGCGAUGUAUAUAGUUUUGGGGUAGUUCUUCUCGAAAUGUUAUCAGGGCGACGAGCCAUCGACAAGAAUCGACCAACUGGGGAACACAACUUGGUCGAUUGGGCAAAACCAUAUUUAGUCAACAAACACAAAAUUCGUUGCAUCAUGGACAAUCGACUCGAGGGGCGCUACACUCUUGGACAAGCACAAAAGGCAGCAAACCUUGCAGUUUUCUGCCUAGCCACAGAACCGAAGCGCAGACCGAGCAUGAAUGAGGUUGUGACAACGUUGGAGCAGCUUCAGAAACCAUCUGAGAUUUUGAGAAGUGAAAGAGGUAAUUCUUUGCAUCAUAACGCUAACCCAAAUGGAGUAGUAACAAAAGGUUGAAGAGAAUGCAACAGGCAAACUUGUGAAAUGUACAGCCGCUGUAAUGUAAUGAUUAUGUAUUUAACCCCAAAUCUCUCUUCUGCAAGCAAUUUUCUUUUGACAGCUUUGCCUUUAUCAUCUUUUUUUACUGUAAUUGUAUGCAACACUAAUAAAAAAAUACUAUUAUGAACGUAACUA